UCUAAGUCCUAAACACAAACCAAAAACUCUCUCAGCUUUUGUCUUCCUCUAGAGGGAGAGUGGAUACACCAAAAAACAAGCCACAGCUUUUAGUGAGCUCCAUCACCAAUACCAGAAAAUACAAACAUCAGAGAAGACACACAGAACCUUCUAUUAACCUCUCACACUCUCCUUUCCCAAUGUCAAAUGUUUCAGGUGAUGAAGGAAGCUUCUCCUCAGGAAACAAUGGGGAAGAAGUUCUUCAAGAAACCCAACACCAGCAGCCACAAAACCAGCUCCAUGACUCUACUUCAGGACCUUCUGCUGCUUGCAAUACCAAUGCUUCAACCAAUCAACAAACCAAGAAGAAAAGAAACCUCCCAGGAACCCCAGACCCCAGUGCUGAAGUUGUUGCUUUAUCACCAACCACAUUGAUGGCAACAAAUAGAUUCGUGUGUGAGAUCUGCAACAAAGGGUUUCAGAGGGACCAAAACCUUCAGCUGCACCGCAGAGGUCACAAUCUUCCGUGGAAACUGAGGCAACGAACAAGCACCGAGGUGAAGAAACGUGUGUAUGUUUGCCCUGAGCCAUCAUGCGUGCACCAUAACCCAGCUCGUGCAUUAGGAGACCUCACUGGCAUCAAAAAGCACUAUAGCCGCAAACAUGGCGAGAAGAAAUGGAAAUGUGACAAGUGCUCUAAGAGAUAUGCAGUGCAAUCUGAUUGGAAGGCCCACCAGAAAACUUGUGGCACCAGGGAAUACAAAUGUGAUUGUGGAACCAUAUUUUCCAGGAGAGAUAGUUUUAUCACUCACAGAGCUUUCUGUGAUGCAUUAACUGAGGAAAACAACAGAGUGAACCAGGGUCUGACAAGUGGCAUGCCACCAAACCUGCAGAGUCAAAUACCGGAUCUUAUGUCUACCAUGCCUCUGAACACUAGUCCCAACACAGUAUAUGACCCUAAGAACCCACUGAAAUCACUCCCCCAAGAACUUGUCCCAAUACCAUUCAAGUCUAUGAGCAUGGGAGGGGGCAUGUUCUCUACCAAUGCAGGUGCACUUUUUGGUGGCCCAAAAAGCAUGUCUCCCUCUUCUUCCAGCCUCCAACUGGGUUCCAACACCUCAUCAAGCUUCAAUUACUUGCAAGACAACAAAAACGGAGCACUAAUUGCUGCCUCAGCUCAGAUGUCUGCAACAGCUUUGUUACAGAAAGCAGCCCAAAUGGGUGCCACUGCAAGCAAUACCAUCAACUCCCCCAUCAUGCAAAAAGGCUUUGUUAGUAGCACUUCUGCUCCUGAUCAUGUUUCUUCCACUAGGCCACCGUAUUCCGGUGCCAUGCUGCAGCACAACAACUCCUACGACCAUUUCUCUCCACAGCCUGAUCUGUCCAACAUGGCUGGGGUGAGUGGUGGAGGAGCAUUCAUCAACCAGUUGUUUCAUAAAGGACAAGAAAUUUCACAAGUUUUUGACUCCAACACUGCCGGGUCUGCUAUGAACGAGGUGGGAAUGUUCAGCCAAAUGCCCCUGGGGAGUGAUCACAACCACAACACUGGAUUGAUGAAGAAUGUUGAACAAGAGGUUAGUAAUUGUUCUGGUUUGAUCCAUGGAAGAGAUGUGGUUGAAGGUAACCCGAUGCAGCCAUCAAGGUUUGGAGGCAGUGACAUGACAACUGUUCAUGACUUUUUGGGCAUUGGUGGUUCAACUUCUAGAGUCAUGAACCAUUUUCAUCACCAUUUUCCACACCAGGAUUCAGCUAUGGAGGAACCCAUGUGGGAUGUUUGAGAACAGAUUUUUAUCAUGUAUGCUUCUAAUUAUACAGAAUUAGUGUUGAACGUUUUGAUGGUUAGAACUGGAAUUGAAACAGAUUAUCUACUCAAUUUCAAUGCAAG